AUGUUGAAGUUCAGCCACCUAGACGCAGACGCAUUCGAGAACCCCAAGAAAAACAGCGGUCGAAAAAGACCCCGCUUCCGGGAGCCCAUAUCAUGUAACCAUUGUCGAAAAUCCAAAGUCCGCUGCGAUCGCAAGUCGCCAUGCAAACCGUGCCAAGAUCGUGGAAUAGAUACACGGUGCACUUACUCCCGUUCCAAAAUCGCGGCAGUUUCGCAAUCUGCCAUAACACUAGUGUCCCCUCAACGGACAGAGAUCGAUCUACUCGCCUCCGAGCAGCUGACACCCCGCUCCUCUGGUGAGACACUCGAUCCAAUAUCGGUUCUGCCCCACAGCCCGACCACAGCCAGUCACGCCAAUAGUGCCUUUAGGGGCUCGAAUUUCAAAACAAGGCUGAUUGGCGGCACCCAUUGGAUGGCCGCGAGUACUGAUUUGCCCGUCAUAGGGGCUAUGCUGGAGAAGACCGUUGAUUUUCAACCGAUGUGGAAAACUUUCGCGGAAGUCAAGUCUCUCCUUCUUGUCGCAAAUUCGGUAUCAGCCGUCGUGAAUGGAGAUAGUAGGAAGCUGCUCAAUCUCCUACCCAAUCGAUCGACCUGCGAACAGUGGAUCAGGCGAUUCUAUGAAACAUAUGGCAGAAUCUACCCUGUGAUCGAGCAGAACUGCCUAAUGGCAGAGCUGGAGGAAGUAUUUGUCGCAUGCGUCGAUGCCAAUGAAGUACACAUUCUCAAGAUUCUGUUGAUCAUUGCAAUUUCCAUGCAGACCAACGAUUCAGAGCGACUACGCGGGCGUCUCCUACUGCAAGAAACGGAGAGCCGUAUUCAUACAUCGACCCAGUUUCAAAAGCCUUGUAUCGGUGUCAUGCAGGUGUUACUACUGUUGAUCAUCAUGAAGAACAUCACUGCCUCUGAUACUGACAAGAUUUAUAGCCUCAUAGGUACAAUGGGGCUGACUACGCAAAUGGCUCUGAGCAUGGGCUUGCACAGGGAUCCGGCCUUGUUCCCCGGUAUCACUCCUUACUAUUCAGAAGUUCGGAAACGAUUAUGGGCGUGCUUCUUUCGAUUGAAUCUCGAAUAUUGCAUCCGCAGUGGCUCAAACUUCGGUAUUCGACUGGAGGAUGUGGACUGUCCCCUCCCGAGCCGUAUCAACCUUUCGACCCCUCACCCAGGAACCAUGACGGAGUCGGCUACCGUACUGAACCAGGCCGAGGAAGCAACGGACCAGAUUUUUAACAUUGCUGCAAUGAAGCUUGCCAUAGUGAGGGCUCCAUUACACCAGCGACUCUGCUCCACAACUCCUGAAUUAUCAAACGAGCUACGGGAUCGAAUGCGCGCCUCAUUCUACAAAAUCUUGCGCGAGUUGCCUUCAAAUCUACAAGAGGGAGCUUCGUCAUGCAGUCCCAUCGAAAGGCUUCAGCAAGCUUUGUUAUCCAUGCAGGUGCAUAGCUUCAUGGCCAUUAUCACGCUCAAUUUUGUCCUAGGAGUCCCAUCUCAUCAUUCACAGCGGAGCGAUCUUUAUGAAUUAUGGGACAAUUCGGUGUCCAUUCUCCAUCAGCUGCAGGAGGUGUUACAGAGCGGCUCUGAGCUUUCUAGUGUGGCUUACCAUCUACUUUGGACUGACCUUGCCCGCGCAGCAUUGACCGCUUGUUUGGUGGUUGGACGCCUACGGAGGAUCAAUAUGGGCACAACUGUCUCCGAUAACCCCCAGCCCACGCUGGUCAUUUUUCAACAGCUUUUGCUGAAAUAUCUAGACUCUUUAUCACAGAUUCUAGCGGGAAAAUAUCACCUCGGCCGUGUUGCAGCAAAGACAAGACUUGUCAUCGCCGUCGCAACAACUGUUACUUCAAGUCUGGUAGACGACUUUGGCGGCCUGCAACAGGAUUCCAAGUGCUUGCAGGUCGGCAUCAAAGCUGCCAACGAGACUGUAGCCGAGAUGGAACAUCAUCUGAAACGGGAAAACCAAGUCUCAACAUCCGCCUUGGUGGGAUUAAAUACUGCAACGACAUCAGCUCCACCAAGUGGCCUCGCCCCUCUUACAGCAGGCUGGAUGGACCAUACACAACUCCCAGAUCCCUUAAUUCAGACAUUGUUUCCGAGCAACUGUGACUUUUACCAGAACUUAGAGUCUCCGGGUCUGGACAUGCAGUCUGAUUUAUGUUUACCAUAUUCCAUGGCAUCAUUCAAAUCUACAUCGACGAUCCAGUCCACGACUAACCUCUUGUGGGAAGAUAUAAAUUCGAACCUACUAUCACAUAAUUUUAAGACAGCUAUGGAAUAG